ACAGAAGGCAGCCCUGAGAACGUGGGAAGUUUUGGCCAAAGGAUUCAGUCUACAGAUUAAUCACCUUCAUGUCGACUGUGUUGGAUACUAACCCGCCGAUGCUAUGGUUACCUUUAUUACGAUCUUACAGGUGAAUCUAGUGAUGUCCAUCUUGCUGUAUGUGAUGGUCCUCGUGUACCUCUAUGGUAUCCAGGCGACCAACAUGGACAGCAGUCGCCAGGGGCAACAGCAGCAGCAGCAGCAAACAAGUCCCGACCCCUUAAACUCCCUUAUCAUCCAGCUGCUUCAGGCGGACCUGACGAGGGGUAAGACCAGGGGGAACCAGAGCCAACAGGGGAAAAGCAGGGACACCGAGCCCCCGGACAUGCUGCCCCCCCACCUCAGCGCAAACCUACCUUUGGAGGAGCAGGGUGAUUCGGAGCAGUGGGGGACAGGGGGUCGCAGCGACGGUGCUGCCGACGAGCAGGUGAUGCUGUUGAACUCUGACCUUCUCAGGCAGCACAAGCGGUACAACUCGCCUCGGGUGCUGCUGAGCGACCGGCCGCCACUGCAGCCACCGCCAUUGUACCUCACGGACGAUUAUGUGAGUGGAGGAUUGGACGGGGCAGCGGGAAACAAGACGCGGAAGAAGCGCUACGCCGAGCACAAGAGCUAUCGUGGGGAAUAUUCUGUGUGCGACAGCGAGAGCACAUGGGUGACGAAUAAAACCCAUGCAGUGGACAUCAGCGGUUACCCUGUCACCGUCCUGGCCAAAUUUAAAGUCAGUCCUAUUCAGGACAUCAAACAGUUCUUUUAUGAGACACGGUGUCGGACCCCGAGGCCCUUCAAAGGCGGCUGCAGGGGCAUCGAUGACAAGAACUGGAACUCGCAGUGCAAGACGACGCAGACGUACGUUCGAGCGCUGACGCAGGUCCGCAAUACAGUGGGCUGGAGGUGGAUACGCAUAGACACUUCCUGCGUCUGCGCGUUGUCAAGGAAACGUCGUAGGACGUAAACAAAAAAACGCAAGCCCCGCUGGUGACUACUUAUUUGGAGUUCUACUUCCUGUAUGGAAUUUUACUUCCUGUUCACGGUGCUCCCCACCACAGGACGAUGUGUCAUGGUGGUGAAGGGCAACACUCUGCUCUAAACUGAAACUUCUACUGAAGAAAUCUUGGGUCCGUUUAAAUGAUAUUUCACUUUAAUGCGCUGGAAAUCCACAAGCCAGGCGCAGUGCCGCUGUUACGGAUGAACUCGUUUGAGAAGGGCUGGGUUGGGAGGGAGGGAGUGUGUGAGGGGGAACUGUACAUAUAAAUUAUUUAAAUUAUAUGAAAUGCAUGUAGUUUAUACAUGUUUAUCUAUCUAUAUAUGACGUAUGAAUAUAUUUGUGUUAUUUAUUGAAGGAGGUCUUCGUAAAAGGAAGAAAAUGUCUACAAAAAAAGGAAUGAAACAAGCUAUGAACUCACUUUGAGACUUUAAUACGGAGCUGGGCUGCAAAGGUGCUUCACGGUAAGAUUUUACAUGUGCCUUGACCAGUGUGGCUGCAAAGCAGAGAUAGGACAUGGUAAUUCAAAGACAGCAGUUACCGCACAUUUUUUGGAGGGAUGUACCUAAAAAGACAUCCUAUGACGAAAAACACAGAUUUGAGAUUUAUGACCAAACAUACAUUCACACCGCGUCCACCACCAAUUGUCCUUUCAGUCUUCUGGGAGACAGUUUUGACGAAAUAAAAAAGAGGAAUUCCUCUUGUGGAACCUGCUGGCAGUGACUGACGGAGAUUCAAGAAGAUCAAGCUGUUUGGUUUUCAUCAGACCACCUUGACUCUGUUCACCACGUUUUACUCUCAACUGUUAUCAUGAGAUGUUUUUGUU